UUUGGUGAUAGCAGCGCCAGUGAGGGGAGGCAGGGACAGGGGAAGGGGCUUUUCUAUGGCCACCUUGGAAAGCCAUGCAAGAUCCCUGGCUCAACCAGAAAAAGAAGACAUCCAAAAACUGUUCAACUAAAUAAUCGCAUAUUAGUAGGAAAAACAACCGUAACAAAUCUUACUCAGUCAGCACAGAGCCUUUAUGAAGUUCAUGAAUCUGAAAUCGAACAGCGAUCAAUAGAAGAAGAGUACUGAAAUAAUCCAAGAAUAAGAGAUAAUUAAGUAGACUAAAAUGCGCGUCUGAAACAAAUUGAUUUGAAGUGUCUAUAGAGUGCAAGGCUACAUGGAAAAUACCCAAAAAAUAUUUAAGAACAAUACAAAGAACAUAUUCUAAGCACAGUGCCAAGGAUCUCUUAAAUCGUUUUUGAUGACAGGUGAAGGCGGAUCCAUUCUGACAGAAAAUAUUUGAUCUUUACCAAGAUUUUCAAAAAGUCAUUGAUUUGACUCCGCCUUUAAAACUACAUUUUUUUGUCUGCAGUCACAGAAGGGAAGGUAUGAGUGGAGGUCGUUUUGAAUUUGAUGAUGGUGGAGCUUAUUGUGGUGGUUGGGAAGGUGGCAAAGCCCAUGGGCAUGGGAUCUGCACCGGACCUAAAGGACAGGGCGAGUUCUCCGGCUCCUGGAAUUACGGGUUUGAGGUGGUUGGAGUCUACACCUGGCCAAGCGGAAACGCCUAUGAAGGCUUCUGGUCGCAAGGGAAGCGCCAUGGUCUUGGAGUUGAGACGAAAGGACAUUGGGUUUACAAGGGAGAAUGGACUCAUGGCUUCAAGGGGAGAUAUGGCUUGAGGCUGAGUGUUGGUAGUGGGGCAAAGUAUGAAGGAACAUGGAAUAACGGAUUGCAAGAUGGAUAUGGCACAGAGACCUAUGCUGAUGGUGGCACAUUUCAGGGCCAAUUUACUGGCGGCAUGCGACACGGGUACGGAGUACGCCAGAGCGUGCCUUACGGCAUGGCGGCGGUGGUUCGCUCCCCUCUCCGCACUUCCCUCACAUCCCUCCGCAGUGAGCAAAGUAAUGGCACCCUGCUUCAGCAGGACGUCCCCGUCAUCAUCGCCACCAACGCUGCCGGCCAGGAGGCCCGAGUCACCACACCCACCCAGCUGGGACCCUCCCGGGGUGGCUUCGCCCUCACGCUCCAGGUGGACCCAGACGCCGUCAAGCCCAAGAAGAAGGGCCUGUUCCGAAGGGGGUCUCUCCUGGGGAAACUGAAGAAGUCUGACUCCCGUACUUCCUUAUCCAGCGUGAGGAGCAAGCUAAGCUUCCUGGGAGCGAGGAGCGAGUCAGCGUUGAGUUCAGCGGCCAGCGAUGUGGCCAGUGAUGCCAACUCCACCAUCAGUCUAGGAGAUGAGAGCCUAGCCGGGGCAGAGGAUUUCCCCCCUGUGGAGGCCGACAUCGAUGCCACCACCACAGAGGUUUACAUGGGUGAGUGGAAGAACGACAAGCGUUCAGGCUAUGGAAUAAGCGAACGUUCCAGUGGGCUAAAGUAUGAAGGCGAAUGGCUGGACAACCAGCGACACGGCUAUGGAUGCACUACCUUUGCGGAAGGAGGGAAGGAGGAAGGAAAGUAUAUGAACAACAUGCUGGUGAAGGCCAUGAAGAAGAGGGUUAUCCAACUGAAGGGCAGCAAGAUCAGGCAGAAAGUGGAGCGCAGUGUGGAGGGAGCUCAGCGGGCGGCAGCCAUCGCCAAACAGAAAGCAGAGAUCGCUGCCUCCAGGACGACCCAUGCUAAGGCCAAGUCAGAUGCUGCCGAUCAGGCUUCCCAGGCCUCCAACCACGAGUCCAGCGUCGCCAGGGUGGUGGCCAGGGAACUGUCCCCUUCCUUCUAUCAGCCAGGCCCAGAGUACAUGAAAAAGAGAGCAUUACAGGAGAUCUCAGAGGCCAAUGAGCACACAGACCCUAGAAUGCAUGAGCAACUGUUAGCAGAGCAGCCACUGACACCUGCUGAAAGCCCAAUGCUGCACGACAGGCCUGGCUCCACUCCAGCCUGCACACCCUCCCCCAGCCCGGCCAUCACCCCUCCAGCAUCCAGGCACUCCAAACAGGGCAGCAUCAGCAAAGAGGACUCCCAUCUACUCGGCCCUGCUGGCUGGAACGGGGACAAAGGUGGUGGAAGUCGGGGGAGCAGCCGUCCCAACAGCAGAACCAACAGCCGACCCACCACCCCCUCAUCCAAUGUGGCCACCACCACUUCCGCCCCUGCCACUGCUCCCCCUGAAGAGUGCCCCACUUCUGCCCCCAUCCUUAGCAGCCAGGGGAACUCCCGCGCCUCCAGCCGCCUGAGCAACAAGAUAGAGCAGGGCUCUGACCUGGAGAUCAAGCCCCUGGAGAAGACGGCCUCUGAGGCUAAAUUGUCCAACGCUACUCCCUUGGUAAGGACCAGUGUCACCUACUCAGAAGAAGAAGUCCCACCCCCUCAUCCCGCCUCCAAAGAGUCUUCCAAAGCUGACGUCACCCCCGAGCUGAAUGAGGCAGAGCCCACACAAAGAACAGAAUCGGUCAAUGAACGACCAGUGUCCGCUGUAUCUGAGAGCAAACCAGGGUCCAGCGCUCAGUCUGUUGAUAAAGUGUCACCCAAGCCAUCGCCGUCACCCAAGCCAUCGCCAAAACGAGAGGCCAGUCCGGCUUCAAAACCUGCCACACCUGCACUCAAACAAGCACCUAAGGUUGAACCCAAAGCGGAGGCCAAGCUGAUGAAGAACAUGGUAAAGAGCCCAGGUACAAGUGACGUUACAGAGCUAGAUGAAUAUGAGCAGGGUCCGAACACCAUCGUGAUAACCAUGGUGAUUCUGCUCAACAUUGGCCUGGCCAUUCUCUUCGUACACAUCCUGUCAUGAAACUCUGUCGACCCAGGUGACCAGCUUGCAUUGGUGUUGAGGUAAGAUUGCCCACAUUUUUAAGCAAGGAUCAUCCAGAACAAAGAGACUACCAAGAAAUUCAAGCCUUAUAUGGAAGGAAACUGACAACAGCUUCUCCACACACAGCCUCUUGUGACUGUGUUGAAGCUCUUUAAGGCCAAACUAAUUUUCAGAGUCUUGGAAUAUCUGGAGCCGAAUUGAAGGAUUUAUGAAUCCUUAUGAAUCAAGACUGAAGGACAUCAAUGAAUCUGAAUGUCAGGAAGAGGGUCUGAAUGGACACAGUGCUUGUAAAGGGUGGAUCCACUGGUGAGUUUCAGUAUCUACACUGGAGAUGUUGUUGCAUGUUAUACACAAGUUAAGUCUACGCUCAACGGUUUAACACCGACAGAUUAGAGUGGUUGUUGACUGGACAGGUGAGGUUGUGUUCACACAGUUAGCCCAAUUCUGAUAUUUUUUCCUCUAGCUGGUCUUUUGACCAAUCAAAUCAGAUCUUUUCACAUCAGAUUUUGUUUUUUUGGAGAUGAUCUGAUUGGUCAAGAGAGCAAUUAGUUAAAAAAAAUAUCAGAUUUGGGCGGUCUGUCUAAACGUAGCCUAAGUGUCAUUAAAUAAUUAGUUUUGUAAUUAGAUAUUCAUUUAACUGAUAGCUUGCCUAUAGAAAUGUAGUCUUUUGGGGCGGCAGGGUAGCCUAGUGGUUAGAGCGUUGGACUAGUAACUGAAAGGUUGCAAGGUCGAAUCCCCGAGCUGACAAGGUACAAAUCUGUCGUUCUGCCCCUGAACAGGCAGUUAACCCACUGUUCGAAGGCCGUCAUUGAAAAUAAGAAUUUGUUCUUAACUGACUUGCCUAGUAAAAUAAAGGUACAAUUUAAAAAAUAAAACAAAUUAAAUAGUGGAAAAUCUCAAAUAAACUGAAUAUCCAUCACUAAUUUGUUCCUUGAAAUUUAGUUUGGUAGAUCAGGUUUUCCCAAACACUGUCCUCUGGAUCCCAAGGGGUGCAUGUUUUGGUUUUUGUCCUAGCACUACACAGCUGUUUCAAAUAAUCAACUAAUCCUCAUUUGAAUCCGCUGUAUAGUGUUAGGGCAUAAAAUGGAAACUUGCACCCCUUGGCCGAGUUU